AUGUUGUUCAAUGAUAAACUCCGUCGUUUUGUCUUUUUAUCUCUAAUUACAGAGGUCUCAGCGAUUUCAUACAAUCGACCGAUCAUUUCCCCGGAUUUGGCGUGGAAUUCAGUUGGGGUAACUAUUGGCAAUCAGAGUAUCGCUGGUUUAAAUCCUACUGACAUAGUUAUUGAUGGAAGCAACACAAUCUUUAUUUCACAUGAGAAUCAGGAGAUUAUUCACGUCUUUCUCGGAGUAAAUUCAACAAACCUAUCAAGUUUAUUUGUAUUGACAAGUGAUGAGAUUUAUUUUUCGUCGAUAAAUGGAGUGACUGAAAUGAAAUUGAACGUGAAAAAUUCAAUCCUGCGAAUGGAUUCGUAUGUACGAUGCGUCGAUAUUUUUCUCACUGUAAACCAAACUCUUUACUGUUCAUUGUCUGAUCAGCAUCAAAUUAUUGCGAAAUCGUUGUUCGAUGAGUGGAGCUAUUUGUUAACCGUCGCAGAAACAGGAGGUCCCGGUUCGACAUCGAUAACACUUCGAAAUCCUCGAGGAAUUUUUCUCGAUGAAAAUAACUCAACUUUCUUCGUUGCCGAUUGCGAAAAUAAUCGGAUUCAAUCAUUCGAAUCAGGUUCGCUUCUCGGACAAACUAUUCAGACGAUUGACUUGAAUUGCCCAACAGCAAUAAUGUUGGACGGAAGCGGAUAUUUUUUUAUUGCUGAUUCAAUGAAUAAUUGA